AUGGAUUUCCCCCAACACAGCAAACAAGUCCUGGAACAGCUGAACCAGCAGCGGCAGCUGGGUUUACUCUGCGACUGCACUUUCGUGGUGGACGGCAUCGAUUUCAAAGCCCACAAAGCCGUGCUGGCAGCCUGCAGCGAGUAUUUCAGGAUGCUUUUCGUUGACCAGAAGGACGUGGUGCACCUUGACAUCAGCAACGCAGCAGGCUUGGGCCAGGUUUUAGAGUUCAUGUACACGGCUAAGCUGAGCCUAAACCCCGACAACGUGGAAGAUGUGCUGGCUGUGGCAGGUUUCCUUCAGAUGCAGGAGGUCGUCAGCGCUUGUCACGCUCUCAAAUCCGUCGCUGUGCUGGCAAAAAGCCCCGCUGAGAGCCAGCGGCCCCCGGCCGAGGUCGGAGCCAACAAGGUGGCUGUCAAGGACGAGACGUUGGCAGCAGAAGCACUGGAUGAUCUUGACAAAAUAAAACCAGUUCCUCCCGAUCCAGAGGGGAAGGAAGAGACGCCCGCGGCCGCAGCAGCACAGCCCGAGGCGCAGAGGGAGCAGCAGGGUGGCCAGGAGGGGGCAGAUGCUGCCAUCCCAGAGGAUCCCAACACCAAAUUUCCUGGCCACCCGCAGCCGAUGGAGAGCGCGAUGGGCAGCAGCAGCCCUUCAGCAAAGGGCAGCGUCUCUCCAGGUGCCGAAACAGGAGCAUCCCCGUUUCCUACAGAGAUGGAGCUGGAAGGGAAGGAGGAAGAGGGGGAGAUGAUGGCAGAGGAUGAAGAAGAGGUUAAAAUCCCUGAGGAAGAGCCACCCCGGUUAGAAAACGGAGACAACACGGAAGAUAACGAGUCGGGGAGCACCGACUCCGGGCAGGAGAACUCGGUUGAAACUCGUCUGCUGCGUUCGGGCACUUACAGCGACAGGACCGAGUCCAAAGCCUACGGCUCCGUCACGCACAAGUGUGAGGAUUGCGGGAAGGAGUUCACCCACACCGGGAACUUCAAGCGACACAUCCGUAUCCACACCGGCGAGAAACCCUUCUCCUGCAGGGAGUGUAACAAAGCCUUUUCCGACCCAGCUGCCUGCAAAGCCCACGAGAAGACACACAGCCCUCUGAAGCCUUACGGCUGCGAGGAGUGCGGGAAGAGCUACCGCCUCAUCAGCUUGCUGAACCUCCACAAGAAACGGCACACGGGGGAGGCCAAAUACCGCUGCGACGACUGCGGCAAGCUCUUCACCACCUCUGGCAACCUCAAACGGCAUCAGCUGGUCCACAGCGGGGAGAAACCCUACCAGUGUGACUACUGCGGGCGCUCCUUCUCCGAUCCCACCUCUAAAAUGCGGCACCUGGAGACUCACGACACCAACAAAGAGCACAAGUGUCCUCACUGCGACAAGAAAUUCAACCAGGUGGGGAAUUUGAAGGCUCAUUUGAAGAUUCACAUCGCGGACGGACCCCUGAAGUGUCGGGAGUGCGGCAAACAGUUCACCACUUCAGGCAACUUGAAACGUCACCUCCGGAUCCACAGCGGCGAGAAACCCUACGUCUGCGUCCACUGCCAGCGCCAGUUCGCCGAUCCCGGGGCGCUCCAACGACACGUCCGCAUCCACACCGGAGAGAAGCCGUGUCAGUGCUUGAUCUGCGGGAAAGCCUUCACCCAAGCGAGCUCCCUCAUCGCCCACGUGCGUCAGCACACGGGGGAGAAACCCUACGUCUGCGAACGCUGUGGCAAGAGGUUCGUUCAAUCAAGUCAACUGGCCAACCACAUCCGUCACCACGACAAUAUCCGACCCCAUAAAUGCACCGUCUGUAACAAAGCCUUCGUCAACGUGGGUGAUCUCUCCAAACACAUCAUUAUUCACACUGGGGAGAAGCCUUUCCUGUGUGAUAAGUGCGGUCGUGGUUUUAACCGAGUGGACAAUUUACGUUCUCACGUGAAGACGGUGCAUCAAGGCAAAGCUGGGAUUAAAAUCCUGGAGCCAGAAGAAGGGGAUGAGGUCAACAUUGUCACCGUGGCUUCUGAUGAGAUGGUGACACUGGCUACCGAGGCGCUGGCUGCCACCGCUGUCACGCAGCUGACAG